AUGCUGUCGUCCUUUAUAAACGCGGCGGUGUGCAGCCAGCGGAGCUUCAGCGACGCGGUGGCGUUUGUGCUGGCACACCGGCUGGCGGACGCGAACGAGGAGGACGAGAUGACGACCAUGUACGCCAUGUUCCGCGACGCCCUCUCCGGCACGCGCGCAUCCACCCUCGCCGACCUCCUCGCCGUGCGCACCCGGGAUGAGGCGUGCACAUCGCUGGCGGGUGCGCUGCUGUACCACGGCGGCUUCCACAGCCUGCAGCUGCAGCGCGUCGCGCACGCCGCCUGGCAGGCCGGCCAGAAAACCUCCGCCCUGCGCAUCUCGUCGCUGACGAGCAGAGCGCUGGGAGCUGACCUGCACCCGGCGGCGCGCUUCGGCAGAGGAGUGUUCCUGGCGCACCCCAUCGGUGUUGUAGUGGGAGAGGAGGCGGUGGUGGGGGACCAUGUGACAAUCAUGCAGCAUGUGACGCUGGGGGGCACCGGCAACAACCGGGGGGACCGACACCCCAAGAUUGGCGACUACGUCCAGAUCGGCGUCAAGGCCACCAUCCUCGGGAACAUCCAGGUGGGGAGACGGGCGCGCGUGGCAGCCGGGUCGAUGGUGCUCAAGCCGGUGGAGGAAGACAUGCUGGUGGCCGGCAACCCCGCCAAAGUCAUCGGCAAGCUCGUGGACGUCGCGCACCAAAAGACGCCCGACCUGGCAGCCUGAAAGGGACAGUGCAUCGCUGCCAGUCAAUGAUAGAGAAAUGAUGAUUUUGGCCAAUUGACUUAAGCCCAUUUGCCUUUGUGAUCACUUGGCUUGACGGAAUAUAUAUAAUAAUGCCCCCUGAGAGAUGGGGCGACGAAUGAAAUCAAGGGUGAUCAGCAACAGACCCAUCAGGGUCGAUUGGCCUU